GAAAUUACAGUGAAGGAUUUUCUCAGAAUGCUCCUAUUACACUACAUGUAGCUAACACUCUAUUUGAGAAAUAUGAUUAUUUGAAGCCCAGCUGUUGAGACGAAAGGAUGUUAAUUUUAAUUAUUUUGUUUUGGAUAUUUGUUCCGGAAGUGCAAGGCGGUUACUACUUCGUCAUAGCUCCAAACGUGAUAAGAUUUGAACAAGAUGAGACAGUUGUUGUCAGUGUAUUUGGAGAAACAGAUGCAUCUGUCAAGCUUUGGAUGGAGCACGAGGGCAAACAAUUUUCAAUAAGAAAUGUCGUAGUUAAGGACCAAGAAACUCCAACUUACUUGACUGUGAAAGUCCAAGAAACUGAUAUAUUUGACAGUGUGGUUGACAAAAAGCCGAGGAAAGUCAAAUUAUGUUCGGAAUGGAAAGGAACGAAACAAUCAAGGGAAAUAAUCCUCAGCUAUCAUUCAGGUUACCUGAUCGUACAGACGGACAAACCGAUAUAUACACCUCGACAAAGAGUUAAAAUAAGAACUUUAGCACUUGAUGAAUCAUUUAAAGCUGUCGAUGGUUGGGAAGUAGGCAUGGAUAUUAUCAGUCCUUCAAACUUAACGAUGGGAAGAAAGUUGAUGAAGCAUAGUACUACAGGAUUCUUUCAAAAUGACUUCAUCUUACCGCCUUACCCUGAGAUAGGAGUUUGGACUGCAAGAUCUUUUUAUAAUGGACGGUUUGAAACUGAGUCGCGUGCCCUCUUUGAAGUUCGCGAAUAUGAUCCUCUAACGUUCGAAGUGACAGUUGACAUUGACGUUGAUUUUCUUCUUCCAGACACAAGAUAUAUUACUGUCAUUGUAAAAGCGAAAUAUGUAUACGGCAAGCCGGUUGAAGGAAAUGCAAGACUUAUGUUGAAAUUGAAAGACGAUGAUAAAGAUAGUGACUACAUCUUAGAAACUGCGAGAAAACAGUUUGAAAACAACAGGCACAAAGAAAGUGUGACAGAAUUCAAUAUCAAUGUUGAUCAAAUACUGAACUCUUCGUUACUAAGCAAUAAAUCUUUCCCCACCGGAAAACGCCUAGAAGUGAUUGCAAUGGUUUAUGAAAGUGCAACAGGGAACGAGGAGACUCGAAGUAACGAAGAAACAAUCUUCAGAAUGAAUCCAUAUAUUUUCGAGUUCACUAAAUCAAAACAGUUCUUCCGGCCAGAGUUGGAAUAUAACUUAAAGGUUCAAGCUCUAUAUGUAAAUGGGAAACCUGCUUCUAACCAAGAUUUUGUGUUAAGAAUGAACGAAGAUGGGACUUUUAAAGAAGAACGAAAUGUUACAACAAACGACGAAGGGCUAGCAAUAUGUAUAUUUCAGACGUCUAGCGGAAAACAGACAAUUUCAUUCACGGUGUCAUCUCUCGACAUGAUGUAUGAAAGUGAUAUAUUUGAGGUGACUGCAUACUCUGGAAAGAAUCAAAUCCAAAUUGAGCGGUUGGACACGGAGAAGAACAUGAUACGAGCCUUUACAAACACUAAAAGGCAUUCUUCAACUGGAAUGCUUAUUGUGGGUGUUUCACGUGGUAAAGUAGUUUAUACAAAAUAUAAAGAAGAAUCAAAUGUGGCUAAUCAAGAGAUUAAGGAGGAUCUACCAGAACUUGUCUCACCUGAUGCAAGACUUCUUGUCUUCUAUGUUGAUCAUACUACACAUGAGCUUGUCGCUGACUCUAUUAAGUUUGAGGUUGAAAAGAAAUGCCGCGGUAAAGGUCUAAAUUUAGAAACGGACAGGAAGGUAGUUAAACCGGGAGCCAGAUUCACGUUAAUUGUUACCGGAACCCCUUUCAUGCACAUCGGUCUAAACAUAAUAGACAAGGCACUCCUUUUACAGAACGAUAAGAAUAUUUUACAGAAGAGCAAGAUGUUUGAGACUCUCCAGUCACAUGACCUUGGUUGUGGAGAAGGUGGAGGGAGAUCAGGAGCUGAUGUGUUCAAGAAAACCGGACUGACAGUGUUAACUAACUCUUUAUUGGAUGAAAAGGAUAUAGUACGGACCACAGCCGGAUGUAAGGGAAAAACAAGAAAACGUCGGGAUGCCUACGGACAAUUAGACGAACACAGUGACUAUUUGGAGGAUAUUGCAAAGUUGACUAAUGCUGGUAUCCAAAGUAGAAUUAGAUCAGCUUCCCGAGAAUCCUGGAUGUUUGAUGUCUUAAGUUUAGAUAAAAAUGGUCUGAUGAAAAAAAAGGUCAUUCUUCCCGACUCCGUGACAGAAUGGCGGAUACAAGCUAUUGGUAUUACGAAAGAUGAAGGUAUGUGUAUUGCUGACCCACUCGAUGUAAAGGCUUUCAGAGAUUUUUUCAUCCAGCUUGAUCUUCCGUACAAAGCAUCUCGUUUGGAACAUUUUAAUGUGAAAGCAACAAUAUUUAAUUACGGUAUGCCAGGUGAUGACAAUAAAGUGGUCAAUGUUUACCUGCAAGGAGUUCCAUAUUUGUGUUAUAACAGCGAUCCAGGAGAACCAUCACCUCGAGUCAAAGUUGAACUUCCGCCGAAUAGCGCAGAAACAGUAACCUUUCCCAUGAUACCUUUAAAGAACGGUCUGUUUCCGGUAAAAGUGGUCGCCGCUAUUACGGAAGUAGGAAUACCUGAUGUUGACAUCAUUGAAAAGAAACUAUUCGUUGUAAAUGAGGGUAUAGAAGAUAAAAUAACAAUUGUUGUGUGUUUAGAUCCGAUGAAACAGAAAGAAGAUUGUAGAAAUGAUGUUCGUGUAGUUGAAGACAUUCAAACAAGCAAGGACGUAAGACAGUACGAAGUAGAUCUAACGCUUCCAAAAUCUAGUAUUUCACAGACAGGGGCAGCAACUGCUUAUAUCCAAAGUAGUGUGAUGACUAAUAUUGUCAAUACGAUCAUAGAGGGCGUGGAUUCUUUGUUUUCACAACCUGCCGGAUGCGGUGAGCAGACGAUGAUAAGGCUGGCACCAACUGUAUACGCCAUGACCUACUUAAAACAAACAAAACAACUGACCGCUGACAUAGAAACAAAGGGAAGUCAAUGGAUUAGAGAUGGUAUCUAUUUACAGUAUUAAGUGUAAAACAGAGAGGUUUCCCAAUUCAAGCAAGCCGACGGAUCAUAUGCUACCUGGCGAUACCGAACCCCUAGCACUUGGCUCACAGCAUUUGUUGCCAAGGUGUUCUGUCAAGCUAAGAAGGUUGUAAAUGAUGCUGUUGAUCAAGAGGAUGAUAUAAAACUUACAAUUGAUUGGCUGAAUAAUCAUGCUGAAGCUGAUGGUUCAUUUGUUGAUAAAAUGCCAGUUAUACACCGGGAAAUGAUAGGACAAGUCGAGAUCAAACAAAGAGAUCCUACCUUAACAGCCUUUGUACUGAUUACGUUACAAGAAUGUGGUAAUAUAUCUGCUCUUGUAAGUGCAACCGUCAACAGGGCAAUUAAGAUCCUUGAAGACCUCCCAGAAGACAAGUUAAAGAACAAUACUUACCUUUUGGCAAUAAGUACAUAUGCUUUAACCUUGUCCGACAGCAAAAAGACAGAUACGUUUUUGAAGUACUUACAUGACAUUAAGAGAAAUGAUAGGGAGGGUACAUUCUGGGGAAACUCGGGAGGUAAACCAGCAAACGCCCAAUCUGUAGAAACAACAGCAUACGCACUUCUUGCAAUGUUGCAAUCCCGGGACAUAAAAACAAGCUCAUCAAUUGUUAGUUGGCUUACCUCUCAAAGAGAAAGCAAAGGAUCAUUCAGAUCAACACAGGAUACAGUGGUCGGCCUGCAAGCUUUGUCUCAGUACAGCAUCGUUACCUAUUCUCCAGAAAUUGAUCUAGAGGUUACCUUUUUCGCAGACCAAAUGGUUUGGAGAAGAGAAGUAACUAAAGAAAAUGCUAUUGUUCAACAAAUUAUAUCAAGGUUACCUGUGGAAACCAUGGACAAUAAACUUACAUUGAUUGUUAGGGGAAGUGGAAGUGCAGUUAUGUCAAUAGAUCUUCGUUAUAACAGACCAGUCACUGCGGAAGAAUCUUGUCCCUUUACCAUCACUGAUAUUGAUGUUCAAGACGUCGAAGAUCUACCGAUUGAUACAAAUUUGGCAAUGGAAAGAAACUGUGAUGUGUGUGGCCGCUGUGAUGAGGGUAAUAGCGACUAUGACAACGAUUAUUUUAGAGAUGCACCAAUAAAGGCUCCUAAGAUACAAAGUACAUUUGGAAGAAAGAAAAGAGAUACAGAUAGUCGUCGUAUUCGUAAGACAACUCAGGAAAAAUGCAUUCGUUUCAGCGUAAGCUCUAAGAAUGAUCAAAUAUAUGGUAUGUCUAUUGUGAAGUUUGGGCUAGAGACAGGUGUCGAAGUGAUCAAGUCUGAUAUAGAAAAGCUCGUUAAGGAGAACAAAAUAAACAUUGCACAUUACGAAAUGCCGUCUGACGGUAUUGUGUUUUACUUACACGAGCCAGUUUUGUACACGACUUCAAAGUUGACCGACAAAGACCAGUUAAGAGAUAAAGGUAUGACUGAAAUGGGCGUGUCUCACUUUAUCUCAAUGUGUGCUUUAGAAGUUUUUGAUAAAUCUGAGGAGUUCAAACGACCUGCAAACCGAACAUCGGUCAACCUUACCUAUAAGCAUUGUACUCAGGUUUAUGGUACUGGGCCAAAUAAGGGCAAGAAUGUCUCGUACCAAUGCGGGCAAAACUCCAAGGAGUGCACAUGCUCUCUAAGUAUAUGCAUGCAACCGGUGGAAAAAGAACUUGAAAGGUUAGCCAGGAAUCGAAAAAGACCUGUUACAAAAUUGUAUCAAUACGCAUGUAACACGAACAAAGCAGACUAUGCUGUACGCGUAAGAAUAGAAGAGGUUACAUUUGAUGUUGUCAGUCAAGAGAAAAUUGCAAGAGGCACUGUGAUACAUAGUUUUAGUCAAGGGAUACAGAAUCUUGAGCCAGGCGACGACAUGCACUUUUUCUGGAAGUUCUGGUGUCAAUUCCCAGCAUUGCAAGAAGAAAAAACCUACAUUAUAAUAGGCAAAGAUGGCUAUAAAGUUAUAAAUGAUGAGGGACAAAUUUUCCGGUAUCCAUUAAUGGGAACAACAUUAGUCAUGGAGUAUAUGAGCCCACAGCAGGCCAGGAAAUUGGGAAGGAAAUAUAGAAUGCUCCAAAAGGUCCAGACCGAUUUCGAACGCAUAAUGACAUUUGGUUGUCAAUACUAGAAAGAAUUUGUUGAUUUUUUUUCAAAAUCAAGUGUUUAAAUGUAGCAGUGUUUCGAGUAAUGAGAUAAAACAAGACAUAAGUGGUUUUUA